GGUCACUUGCAGAAACGUUAUAUCACAGGUGUAAAGACUUCGUCCCUCAUUCAUCUUCAAAUUAGGGUUUUAUUUAUCCGUAACAUCUUCAAAUUUGAGCUACUUUUUCUUCUUCUCGUACUCGACUUUAAGAAAUCCUUUUUCCUUAUUCUUUAGCUUUGAGUUUCGCAAAUGAAGAACCAGCCAUCGAAAGAUGGAAAGAGAAAGAAUUUCAACCAAAAAAAGAGAUUAGGAGGUAAAGGUUUAUCUCUCGAAGCUUUUGCCAAUGCAAAAUCCAAGAUCGAUGGAUAUAAUCCUUCCCUUAUAAAGAAGCAAAGGGAGUUUUAUAAGAAUGCCAAAUGUGUGAACAAGUACAAGAAGUCCUUGAAGCAACAAAAUAUACAACAGGAUCACAUUUCUAAAGAGACUAUUACAAAACUCCAGCAGGACGAUGAAGAAGCUGGAACAAGUAGGAAGAUGAAUUAUAAGCAAAACAAGGGACACUAUCAGAGCUUGAAAGAGGUUUAUGAGAAGAAGCAUGAGGAGGAAGAGAAGGCAAAGGCAGAAAAGGAGGCAAUGUUACAAGCGAGGAACAAAGAGAGAGAAGUAGUUGAAUCUAAGAGGAAAGAGCGGAGGGAGAAUAUGUUCAAGAGGACACGAUCUGGUCAGCCAAUCAUGAAGUACAGAAUAGAGCAUAUUCUUCAAACCCUUCAAGAUUCUGCAAAAUAGCCAGUGCUCAUGGAGUCCGUCUUCUUUUCUUUGCUCAUCAAUGGGGGGUUGUUUGAAAAAGAUCAGCAUCCCUCGAAGGAAGUUCCUUGGUGCAUUGUCAAAAUGUUUUUUAAGUGGCAGUUUUUGCUGAUUCCUGAACUAUGUUAGUGCUGUAACAUUACCAUCAUAAUAUGGAAGAAUUUGAACCAUUUCUCUUAGAGAAAGUCUAUAGGAACGAGCACAGAAAAUGCCUUUUUGUUCAGAUUUUUUAUACCGUGUAAUGAAAUUCAGUUCAGAUUA